CAUAGCCCGACUCUGAGCCGCGUCUCCCCUGUCCCCGCCGCUCCCCGGAGCGGCCCCUGGGUCCGCCGAGCCGAGCCGAGCCGAGCUGAGCCCGUCCGUGUCCGAGCCCCCGGGCUGCCGUGUGCCAGCUGCGUGUGCUCCAGGGAAAGCCGCCGGAGGAUCAGGUCGCGGCUGCGAUGAUUAAAAGCCAAAGUGUCGGGUGGUCUAAGGAUGCAUAAGGAGUGAAAGCAGGAAGCAGUUGUCACAACUCGCCUGUCAAAAUCAAUUUACUAGUUUUUAAACUCAUUUGUCUGGAAGGUAACGUCCAGUUGCAGAUUAUGGCUCAUCGAUUUUCAAAAGAAGAUUUAGAUGAGCAGUUUGAAGAGUUUCUGAAAGAGUCUCUUUCAGAUGAUUCACUUGGAAAUUCAAAGAAAAAGUCCAGCAUUCUAGAGACAUUGGGACAGCCCAGGAAAAAAGAAAGGAAGAAAAAAGAUUCAGUGCCGUGGUGGAUAUCUGAGGAGGAUUUGGAUGAUGGUGGAAUUCUUGGAGCCAAUGGAAGCUUUGUCAAGAUACAGAACACUUCACAGCCUGUGGGAGAAAGUUAUGAAAACAUGCAUAUGGAAAAGAUGCAGCUUCAGAAAAGUAAUGGGGUUUCUGUCUCCUUGAGUAGAGACAGCCUGGAAACAAAUGGUGAGAACCGAGUGCCCAACCAUUUCAUGAAGUUAGAUUCAGUUAUAGCUUCUGGGCCUAAUCAAAGUAUCAUGGGAGUUGGAUUGGAUACCUUGGAAGAAAAAGAAGAGAAAGAGAUCUUCUUUGCCAAACUUGAACAGGAAGCUUCCUCUACUAUUGAUUAUUCAAGAUUAAAUAAAGAGCUGGAUUCUAAUGAUUCUGUCAUGCUAGCACCAUUUGUACGAAAUGAAAAAACUGAAAAAGGAGAAGAAGAACCUGCAUAUGAGGAGAAAUAUGGUAGCUACAGUGAAGAUUUUGAAGAGACAGAUGAUAAUCCUGCCCUUAAAGCUGAGGGAAAUGAGGUGAAUCAAAACAUCAUGUCAGAAGUUGAUUUAAGUCCCCAAGAACAGGAAGAAGCAAACACUGGCAUGCUGGCUAAAGUUGUGUUACUUGAUUCACAAGAUUCAACAACAGAACUGCAGAAGGCCAUUGAAACAUCAGGUGUAGCUCCAGGCGAACAUGAUCAGCCUGAAGAAGUCAGUGGAAUUGAAAUGAAUGAAGCAGGUACUUCCUAUGGACAAACUGCCAGUGACAUUGAAGCAUUACAGCAAGCAUAUCAUCACGUUGAUCAGUCCUUGGGAGACACUGAUGAGCAGAAAUUGCACAGUUCUGCAGUGGCAGUCUCAGAAGGCUUAGGGCAAAGCAUUUCACAAAAUAAUGACAUCUACUCAAAAAACAUGUCAACUGUUGAUUCAG